AGUUCUCGGUCUGAUUUUUAGUUCUCGCCCUCGGACCGACAUUUGGAGACAUCGUUUUUCGAUUAAGGACGAGGAUAUGGCUAAGCCGAAGCAACAGAAGAAGCUAUCUCAGAAGAAGCAACAACACCCGCAAAUUAAGAAGCUGGGAAAACAGGCUGAUACUUCUCAAUUUCGCACUCAGUUGGAUGCUCUGGGCCUACGCAUUGUUGAAGUGACAGCAGAUGGUAAUUGUUUCUUCAGAGCCCUUGCUGAUCAGUUGGAAGGCAAUGAGGAGGAACAUCAAAAGUACCGCAGCAUGGUGGUGAAACACAUAUUGGACAACCGGGAAACGUUUGAGCCCUUUAUUGAAGAUGAAGUCCCAUUUGAUGAAUAUUGCCAGUCCAUGGAAAAUGAUGGUACAUGGGCUGGACAUAUGGAAUUGCAGGCAGCUUCUCUUGUAACGCAUAGUAAUAUAUGCAUUCACCGAAACAUGUCUCCUCGGUGGUACAUAAGAAACUAUGAUGAUAGUGGAGUCCGUAUGAUUCAUUUAUCUUAUCAUGAUGGGGAGCAUUAUAAUAGUGUGCGGUUAAAGGAUGAUCCUCGUGAUGGACCUGCAAGGUCAAUUGUAAUUAAGGCUGAUGGUGAUCUUUCAGCGCCAUCUCAUCAAACGAAAGUUGUGGCUAACAAAAACCGUUGGCAAGCUGGUAGGGAAACUUUUCAGCCAGGGUCUAUGAAGUUGGUUAUGGCCGGAAGUGGAUGUGAAAGCACUGAAAAAGUGGAACAGGUUCUAGAACAGGUAAAUGGAGAUGUUGGUGCUGCAAUAGAGUUUCUAAUAGCAGAACAAGGAACAGAAGAUUGCCCUGCAAAGUCUGAUUCCUUUCCUAGUGAGGCUAAUACUUAUGGUUGUGAUAAAAAUGAGAAUCAUGAACAACACAAAGAAGACAUGGUAGAGGACAGUACUAAUGAUGAAUCCAAUAAUAGCUCCAGGAAGACCGAUGAUAAUAUUACAUUGCAACCAAAUGACAAGAAGAUUCCUAGAAACAAGGUCUGCCCAUGUGGUUCAAAAAAGAAAUACAAAGCUUGUUGUGGAUCAUCCUUGGGGAAACAAUCUGCUAAGUUUGUAGUUAACCAAGCAGCUGACUACAGAAGGGGCAAAACAGAAAAGAAGCUAGGAAAGAAAAGGAUAUCUGCAAAAACUGAAGUACCUUGUGAAUAUGACUCGGUGACACCUGACAUGGGUGCACUUUGUAUUUGAAUUGAUAAUAAUAAGUUAGUUUUAUGCUCCCCCAGAGAGAAACUACCGACAGGUUUCCAUUUGGCGGAAGCAAUUUAUUUUUAUUUUUUUUGAAAAAAAGCAGAAGCAAAAUUUUGAACAGGAAAAGGGUGUACAAAAGGGUAAAUAAUGCAAAAUCAUGUAUAAUUUUUGUUCAAGCAAGAUGCUUUUGGGAAGAACGUGGAAGCCUUGAUCAUUUU